CAUGCGGCGCUGGUCGAGCUUCAUCUUCUUGAUCGUAUAGUAUUUACUUGCGACAAAUCUGUGCCGGCUGUCAUCUAUAAGGUGUCCGAGGAAUCAUUCGCUGAGUGUAAAUAUGAUAUAUCAGCGGAGUGGGUCGGGGAAUGCUCUCGAGGUUUGAAGUAUGUGCCAGUGUCUUUACGAAAUCUUGGUUUUGGGCCUACUCAGACAGUUUACUACCCAAACAAGACAUACUUCUUCACAUCGUUUUCGUCUGGUACUAGAUAUGGCAUCAGAGAUAGAAAAGGUGGCCUCUGUGAGAAAGGAGUGCGACUCAUUCUUGAAAUUCGUGAUUCUACUGUCCGUGUCCCUCUGAAACCACGUACUGACGCUGGAUUGCAUGAAUUGCAGGUCCCGUACAACGUGUUCUUAUGCGUAUGCCUGAAAAAAUUUCCAACAGAGCCCUCCAUAAGAAUCAGCUUCCCUAAAACCGAAGUAUCCCUGCUAGAG